ACGGAGAAAAGCCUAACUGUCUCCUGCCGAAUGUCAUCCCACCUGAAAGAGAAAGAAGUGAAUGUGGCAACGAGAGAGAGAGAGUCUGUUCCAACCAACUUUUUUACCUUUUUCCCAAACCAAACAGCCCCUAUAGCCUCCCCAACGCAACCCCAUCUGGCCCAGAUCUUCUUCACCCACUUUCCCUCCGCUUUUAGGGCCAUCCCCCUUCACAGAAUUAUGAAAACCCACAAAUCCUGAGCUGGGUUUCUCUGAUUCCCCUUCUGGGUCUGCCCAAUUUGAUCGUAUGGAGGACGAAAAGUACUCGAAAGAGUUGGAUGUGGCUGUCCGAGUGGUGCACUUGGCGUGUUUUCUGUGUCAGAGAGUGCAAGAGGGUUUGGUUUCUACCAACAGUGAUCAUGUCAAGUCCAAGGACGAUGAUUCGCCUGUUACUGUUGCAGAUUGGAGUGUGCAAGCAAUGGUUAGCUGGAUGCUGUCAGAAUACUUUGGUAGACAAAAUGUAUCCAUUGUUGCCGAAGAAGAUGUUGAAACUCUCUCCAAAGCUGAUUCAACUGAUCUGUUGGACGCAGUGGUAAGCACCGUGAACGAAUGCUUAGCUGAAGCUCCCAGGUUUGGCCUUAAAAGACCCGAUAAAACUAUUGGGAAUUCACAAGUUCUUGAGGCCAUCAGCCGAUGCAACUCAAGUGGGGGUCCUACAGGAAGGCAUUGGGCCCUCGACCCUGUUGAUGGGACAUUGGGUUUUGUACGUGGGGAUCAAUAUGCUGUUGCGUUAGCCUUGAUUGACAAUGGACGAGUUGUACUUGGAGUUCUUGGCUGCCCUAAUUACCCAAUGAGGAAGGAAUGGUUAAAUAUUCAUCACCAACACUAUCGAAGUAUGUCAAAAUCGUUGCCUUCUUCCCAUUCUUGGGAAGAAGGAUGUGUGAUGUAUGCUAGUAGAGGUAGUGAUGAAGCAUGGAUGCAGCCAUUAAUUCGUGGCGAUGAGAAGUUUGAGUGGCCGAACUUUGCAAAACUGAUUCGGGUUUCUUCCAUUGAUGAUCCAGCACUAGCAACUUUUUGUGAACCAGUGGAGAAGACAAAUUCAAACCACUCCUUCACAGCAGGACUUGCUCAUAGUGUCGGGCUUAGAAAGCAGCCCUUGCGCGUUCAUAGCAUGGUGAAAUAUGCAGCCAUAGCUCGGGGAGAUGCUGAAAUUUAUAUGAAGUUUGCAAGAGCCGGAUACAAAGAGAAGAUAUGGGACCACGCUGCCGGUGUUCUGAUCGUACAAGAGGCCGGUGGCGUGGUAACCGAUGCAGGGGGGCGCCCUCUGGACUUUUCAAAGGGUGUGUAUCUAGAAGGUCUUGAUCGGGGCAUAAUUGCCUGUAGUGGGGAUGCAUUGCAUGAUAAAAUCAUCGGUGCAAUUUUUGCUAGUUGGGACUCUUCUAAUCUCUGAGACCUAAUUUGUCGUGCCAAUGGAUCAAAUGCAUUCGAUUAUGUUUUAUUUUGAUGGGCCUCCUAAUCACCAGGUUCAUUUUACUGGCUAUGAUUGGAGCCUUUACUCACCAUUUGCUGAUUUAGCUGGCGGCAGGGUUUUAAAUAUCGGCCGUUACAUAACAAAAUUUUGGACUUCCGAUACCUUUAUUUACUAAUAUAUCAACUGAUAUUAUCUAAUAUCGACCGAUAUAUAACUAUAUCGUCGAUACCCUUACAUAUCCCGAUACCAUUAUUUAAAAUCAUGCUCUGGAGUGUACAAAAGGGUGAAGAACACCUUCUUGCUUUAGUUAAUUUGCUUUGGAGAAUAAUCAUAUAUACUAAAUGGAGGAGGAUCUUUUAUUUCUUCCUCUUGGUUGUGAUAGAUUUUCAUGCUGAUAAGUUGUAGGUAGGUCCAGAGACCAAUUCAUGUUGGAAUUUAAUCACUUGAGAACAGAGAAAACCUUUUAUGUUCAUGCAGAUGUUUAAAUUGUGAAAUUGUGAGCUCUAGUAAUAUGCCGAAUUGGCACAAUGAAUGGUUCCUUGAGUUUGUUAUUC